CUCUUCUUCACCGCCGUUUUCUCUCUCAUCCCAUCCACUUUGAAUUUAAACCAAUUUCCUCAAUUAGGUCUCGUCCAUUACCCUCAGAAACCCUAACUUCAUGGCUUUGAUCACCUUAUAGACUUUUUUUUUUUUUUUUUUCUAUACCCAAGGAUUUUUGGGCGAGUCAAUUCGACCCACAUAAAAAUUGUCAAAAUUCGACGAAUUCUCUCAUCUGGGUCUCUCUCAAUUGCCUUCAAAUCUUAAGUUCUCGGGGUUUUCUAGUGAUUUAUAGCUUGUGAUCCAUAUGGGUCCGAAUCAUCCGAUGGAGGACGAUCCAAAGGACACGUUGGUGAGUCAACUCGCUGUAGCCAUAAAGGAAAUCUCUGGGUCGCCCGAGUGCCAGAACUCUUCUAAGAAGAUGUACAACAACUUGGUUCGGAGAGUGAAGCUAUUGAGCCCUUUGUUUGAGGAAUUGAAGGACAGCGAAGAAGAGCUCGGACUCGAUGAGGUUCGAGGUCUCGAGUCGUUGAAGGUCGCUUUGGACUCUGCUAGAGAGAUUCUUCGAUCUAUCAAUGAAGGCAGCAAGGUCUUUCAGGCUCUGCAGAGGGACAAAAUUGCAGCUGACUUCUUACAAGUGACAGAUCAAAUUGAAGAAGCAUUGAGUCAGAUUCCUUGUGAUAAACUUGAUAUAUCAGAGGAAGUUAGAGAACAGAUUGAACUCGUGCAUGCUCAAUUCAAAAGAGCUAGAGGAAGAUUGGACUCACCUGAUCCACUACUAGAGAUGGAUUUAGCCACGGCACAGAAGGAGAAGGACCCUGACCCUGCAAUUUUAAAACGGCUUUCAGAGAAGUUGAAUAUCAGGAAUAUGAAUGAUCUGAAGAAAGAGUCACUUGCUAUCCAUGAUAUGGUUAUCUCGUGUGGUGGAGUUCCUGGGGAUUGCUUAGAGGUGGUGUCGUUUCUGCUUCGGAAGCUGAAGAAUUUUGUAGCGAAUGAAAAUCCCGACACUGAUACGUCUGUGGUUGAAAAGGGCUUGAUUAAGCACCGAUCUCCUGUUAUCCCAGAUGAUUUCCGGUGUCCGAUAUCUCUUGAACUGAUGAAAGAUCCUGUGAUUGUCUCUACUGGACAGACGUACGAAAGAUCAUGCAUUCAAAAAUGGCUGGAUGCAGGGCACAAGACCUGCCCCAAGACUCAGCACACUCUGUUGCACACAGCUCUAACACCCAACUAUGUUUUGAAGAGUUUAAUUGCUUUGUGGUGUGAGAGCAAUGGUGUUGAGUUGCC